UCUAAGAAAAUGUUCGAUCACCGAGUGCUUAAACGUGCCAAGAUAUCUAUCUUCUCUCUAAUCACAUUCUCGGCUAUAAUUUUUCUCCUUCAUUAUGAUCUUAUCUACCACGAUUCCGUGAACCCUGCGGCAAACAAAGGAGCACUAGAUGUGUUGCAAGCUCACACUCACAAAUAUGGAGAAGGGAUGAGGUCAACUCUUAGUCUUAUUCACACAUCUUUACGUUCCAUGAAAGAAGAGAAUGAAGGAGUUGGUAAAGGAAAUCAUAGAGUACUAGUUGCUCCACUUAAUGCCACUGAAGAAGAAAGAAUUGCUUGGUUUAGAGGGAAGCUUCAUGAGUUUAAGAUUCUUAUAUCAGAUGAGUUGAGUAGGAAAUUCCAUGCUCGGGUUCUUGGAUUUUUCAGCCAUGAAUGUGAGUCUCAAAUUUUCAUGACUUGGGUGUCCCCUGCAGGCUCAUUUGGAGCAAGGGAAUUGUUGUCUGUUGAGAGUCUUUUCAAGGUGCAACCCAAGGCAUGCUUGGUGAUUCUAUCAAGGACUUUGGACUCAAUUCAUGGCUAUAGGAUCCUAAAGCCAUUUCUUUAUGGGGGGUUCAAAGUUCAAGCAGUGACCCCAGACUUGCCAUAUCUGUUCAAGGGGACUACUGCUGAAUCAUGGUUGAAUGAGUUGAGGAAAGGGAACAAGGACCCUGGUGAGAUUUCUCUGUUUCAGAAUCUAUCUAACUUGAUGAGACUUGCAGUUUUGUACAAAUAUGGUGGCGUCUACCUAGACACAGAUUUUAUUGUCUUGAAGCCUUUAACUGGGUUGAGGAAUUCUAUUGGAGCACAAAGCAUGGAUCUUGGUAAUAAGCACUGGACCAGACUGAACAAUGCAGUUCUGAUAUUUGACUUGAACCAUCCACUUCUUCUCAGAUUCAUCAAUGAGUUUGUGUUGACUUUUGAUGGGAACAAAUGGGGGCAUAAUGGUCCCUACCUGGUUUCAAGAGUGGUUGAGAGACUGGGGAAAAGGCCAGGAGUCAACUUCACAAUCUUGCCUCCUAAGGCCUUUUAUCCAGCAGAUUGGAAAAAGAUUGGUGGUCUCUUUAGGAAGCCAAAAGCUAGAGGUGAAUCAAAAUGGGUUGAGGCCAAACUGCUUCAGCUUAGUAGUGAGACUUAUGGGGUGCAUCUGUGGAACAAAGAAAGUAAGAGAUUAGAGAUUGAAGAAGGAAGUGUCAUAGCAAGACUUGUAUCUGAUCACUGUGUCAUUUGCAACUUUAUGUAAUUCUUGGGCAAAAACUGUUGACAGUAUGUUUCUCUCCACCACCAGUGUUUUUUUAUUAUUUUCAUUGUAUAGGAACACUUGAUGAAAAUCACAUAGCUAAGCAAGUUGUGAAUGUGAAGGCAUACUUUUUUCAAGACAAUAAUUUAUCCACUUGAUCAUUCCAAAUUUCCAAUGGUGUUCAAAAUUCCAAGGCCAGUUUGAUGGCUCUAUCUGAAUAUUCUACCACAAAUUCUAACUUUAAGCCGUCUAAAUCUAAAAGGGAAUCUAAAUCUUCCACAUCUCCACAAACCAAAACCUGGCAAUCUCCUAAAAGACUUUUUCCUAGUCAACUUUCGCCUGCCACUUUUGUCAUUUCUAUUCUGAUGAGAGCCAUUAUCUCCAUCUAGAAAACUACCCUUCGAGGCUAACUCGCUUUCUUUUUCAGUUCCAACAAAACGGGUGGAUCCACUCUCCUUGAUCAAGGCCCAAGGAUCCUGAAAUUCAAGCUCAGAAUCACUUUCCCACAAAGAUAUGGGCUUGAUCAUGGGUGAGCCACUGUAUGACUCAAAAUGGGUUGCCAAACUUGUGUGCUCCAUCUCAAAUAAUCUCCUCAUAGAUGUGCUUCCUCCUUUCAUCAACCCCAAUAAAUUGCUUGAUUUAUGGGACGAGGAUGAAGCUGAAGAUGACAAAGAAGAUGAUGACGUAUAUAGAGAUUUUUGGUACUGUAUAAUCUUCCUAAUUUUUUCCUUCUGUUCUUCUGUGUUGAUAAACCAGUGGCUCUCUUCAUCUGUCUCCUCAGUAAUUUCAGAAAACAUGUUGUGUGUAAGGAUUCCAAUAAUUUGUGUGAUGCAAAUAACUUUCCAAGAUACAUUUCUUUUCAUUUUAUACAGAAGAGAUACC